AUGGAAGAGAAAUUUCAAGUGGGGCCUGAUUUUCCGAAGUUACUAGAUAACAACGACCCUCUAGGCCACUUUAAACAAAGGUUUUAUAUAAGAGAAGGAGUAAUAUAUAUGUGCGGCAACUCCUUAGGUUUAGCUUCAAAAGAUGCAGAAGAGGGUCUCCUUAAUGCAAUAGAGAAAUGGAAAGAGGAAGGCGUGAAGAUAUGGACCGUUGAUGAUAGUAAAUAUUAUUUAUAUUCUUCAUACUUGGCACGUCUUCUGGUUCCUAUAGUUGGUGCAGAUGAGGAUGAAAUUGCAGUUACAAAUACAACAACAACCAAUAUUCAUCAAGUCAUCAGUACAUUUUACAAACCCACAAGUACGAAGUACAAGAUACUGGUAGACGAUAUAAACUUUCCGACCGACCGUUACGCUAUUGAGAGUCAAGUAAGAUUAAAAGGAUAUGACCCGAAAGACGCUGUUAAAGUGGUUGAAAGCAUCAAUGGUAAGUUUUUAAAUGAGGACGACGUUAUAGACGCCAUGUCUCCUGAUGUGGCCAUUGUUUUCUUACCUGCAGUUUACUAUAGAACAGCACAAGUAGUUGACAUGGAAAAAGUGACCAACGCUGCCAAAGAACGAGACAUCUUGAUAGGCUGGGAUUUGUGUCAUGCUGUUGGGGUAUUAGAAUUAGAUUUGAAGAAACUAGAUAGUGAUUUUGCCGUUUGGUGCAACUACAAAUAUUUGAAUGGAGGUCCUGGUUCUGCAGCAGCGUUGUAUAUAAACCGAAAACACUUCAAUCUUCUCCCCGGGAUGGCUGGUUGGUUUGGAAACAAGUCAGAGACUCAGUUCCUUCUGCGACAGGAGUUUGACCAUCAGAAAGAUGCUGGUGGUUGGCAAAUAGGAACUCCCAAUAUUUUUUCCAUGGCGCCAUUGGAAGGAGCAUUGAAAAUGUUCAAAGAAGCUGGUAUAUCUAAUAUUCGGAAGAAAUCGUUGCAUAUUACAAAAUAUUUAAUGUACUUAAUUGAGGCGAAGUUAACAAAGUACGGAUUUACGAUUGGAAGUUAUAAGGAAGACAGCAAAAGGGGAGGACAUGUUUGCUUGCAGCAUGAUGAAGGGUACAGAAUUAGUUUAGCUCUAAAGGAUCGUAAAGUGGUGUCAGAUUUUAGAGAUCCAAACGUUAUCCGUGUGACGCCAACAGCUCUUUAUACUAGUUACAGUGAUGUUUACGAAAUGGUAGAUAUUUUGAUAGAUGUAAUGGAAAAACAGAGUUAUUUGAACUUCAGCUUAAAAUUGAAUCUUGUUGUAUAA